UGACCAGAGCCUGGACCAGAACCUGUGCCGCCUUCUGAGUGAGAAGAGGUCGUAUUCCGUUGCUCCCCGAGUGCUUCACUGAAGCCCAUUGCUCCUUAAUAAGAAUGGAUCAAAUGCAGAGAAGAAUUUCCCCACUGGGAUCAAUACAAUAAAGUGUACAUUAAAUUUUAAUUAAAUUAAAACAUCCAUCAAACAGAAAAGAGGAACUUCAUAUAAUUUGCAACAUUUUAAAGGAGGCCAAACAAUUAUAAUGUGUACAAUUACAAAGGAGGGCUUGACCAACACCAUGAUGCCCAUCAAUAGAUGUGUCUCAAUUCCGCUGCUGCAUCCUUGUGAAGCAGGAAGCGUUUGUGCUGCGGCUCCUUUAAGGACCAGGCGGCAGCCUGUUUGUUACCAGGACGACAUGUAAUGACACAACUCCGGGUGGACUGUUUGCUGCAGGGGCCGUGUGAGUGAGUGAGUAAGUGUGUGUCUGUCUGUCUGUCUGUCUGUGGGAGUAUCAACGUGACAAACAACCACUGAGUACAGUGCAGGUGAACAGAGUGCAUUUUUCCAGUCACUAAAUUGAUUAAAAACGAACCAGCGGCUUCUCGGCGGCCAUGGAUUGAACAUUAGGCUAACUCUUACGGGACGCUACUUAUCGCUGUCUACUAGUUGGCGUGCGUGUUGCCAGGUAAGACUCAAAACUACAGAAAGACUCGUCUUUUGCUUCCAUGCAUUUGUACUAUGUGUUGUGGAAAUGAUCUUCCAAUUUGAAGCUACAUUUCUGACGGAUGUGGCUCAACAAUUCAGUAAUUUCUACCAACAGUUUUCAUGUUUUCCAGAAACUUAAGACCACUGAUCUCUUUCAGAAAUAUUCAAAGGAUAUGUUGAUGAUUUCUGAGCAGAGGAGCGUACUAUUUUUAAAAACAUGAGCAAAAAAUCAACGAACCUGUCUGAGGUGGAGGACCACAUUUCUCUGAAGUAUGAAAUCAAGAAGAGACUCGGAAAAGGGGCUUAUGGCAUCGUAUGGAAAGCAGUUGACAGACAGACAGGCGAGAUUGUGGCUGUGAAGAAGAUCUUUGAUGCCUUCAGGAACAGGACAGAUGCCCAGCGGACAUUCAGGGAAAUCAUGUUCCUCCAGGAGUUUGGAGAUCAUCCCAACAUCAUCCAACUUCUAAAUGUCAUCAGAGCUCAAAAUGAUAAAGACAUAUACCUCAUAUUUGAAUAUAUGGAUACCGACCUGCAUGCAGUGAUAAAGAAAGGCUCCCUGCUGAAGGACAUCCACAAACGUUAUGUGAUGUACCAGCUCCUCAAAGCCAUCAAAUACCUGCAUUCAGGAAAUGUUAUCCACAGGGACCAAAAGCCAUCUAAUGUACUGCUGGACACUGACUGUGUAGUCAAGCUGUGUGAUUUUGGCUUGGCCAGAUCCCUCAAUCAUAUCCAAGAGGACAGUGGGAAUCCGGCACUGACGGAGUACGUGGCCACGCGGUGGUACCGAGCUCCUGAGAUCCUGCUGGGAUCCACGAGGUACACUAAAGGUGUGGACAUGUGGAGCCUCGGCUGUAUCCUGGGAGAGAUGCUGCUGGGAAAAGCCCUGUUCCCCGGUACAUCCACUAUUAAUCAAAUAGAGAAGAUCAUGAUUGCCAUACCACACCCUAGCCCAGAAGAUAUUCUUGCAAUCAAGUCUGAAUAUGGAUCCUCUAUCAUUCAGAGAAUGUUACUGAAACCACAGGUGCCUUUGGAGGAUCUUCUCCAGCCUUCUGCGCCUCCUGAUGCUCUGGACCUGUUGAGAACUUUGCUAGUUUUCAACCCAGACAAGCGACUGACUGCUGAGCAAGCCCUCCAACACCCAUAUGUAGCCAGGUUUCAUAAUACAGCCAAGGAACCAGCUCUUAACUAUGAUGUCGUGCUAACAGUGGAUGAUGAUGUGCAAUUAUCUGUUGUUCAGUACCGCAACCAACUUUAUGAGAUGAUACUGGAGAGGAGAACUAAUCAGGGGGUGCUAAGGCUGCCAAAAGAUGGAGGCUGUGUCAGUCGCACGGUGAAGCCCAAAGUGAAGGAUAAAGUAGAGAAGGGCGCAGCGGCAGCAGAUGAGGACGAAGACCGCGAGGGGAAAACACAACAUGAAGAAACAAACCACGAGCCUUCAUAUACAGGGGUCACUAAACCUGGGCCUGUGAACGUCUCAACUCCUCUUGCUGUAGAGAAGACAAGUCCAUUAUCAAGCCCUUGCUUGGGAAAACUCACAUAUAACCCCAUCACACAUGCCCCAAAUGGUUUUGUUCGGAGUCCAGCUGGUCCUCCUCAUAACUACCCCUCUGCUGCAGCCAGCAGGAAACUAAUGGCACAGAUGAGUAAUGGAGAUGCAACAACAUCACCAACAGAGGGCGCCAACGCUAAUGUAUCCAUGGACCAGAUUCUCCAGCGUGGACGCUCAGCCCCUGUGGCCCAUAGCCGCUCCUUCUCCUUGACCCUGAACCAAACCCAGAACAACCUGCUGGUACGCAAGGAUGAGCCAUCCCUGUCCUCUGGUCUAUGCGUCACGUCUGCACGCCUGAACCAGCGCUCCAACUCUCAGGUUCGAGAGGCUCGGUCACCAACACGGUUCAGCAAGAAAGUAUAUCAGAGCAACUGUAAUGUGGCAGCUGCAGGUGACCCCCGAGCCAAACUUGGCAGCUAUUCCCAGGCCUAUGGUACCAUCAACAAGACUGACCUAGACAAUCUGCUUCGAAGCCGUCCUUAGAAUCAGUAAUGACUGUCAUGUCAACAAUACCAAAGGGGCCGAACGAACACACACAAGAUGAGGCUUCCACAAGGAUGUUAGACACAAAGCAAGCUGAAAAAUAACAUGUCAAAUUAAACCGUGAAGACUGUUACACCUCUUGUAGAUUGUAAUUAUGGAGCCAUACCUGUUGCUGUAGAUUCUCACAAGGCUUGAUUACCAACCAGACCGAAACCCCAGACCUUCAGUGACCCUGAUGGUUCGUUUGAGGUAUGUCAGUUUGUGGUAAUUCACAAAUAACUUUGAGCACAUUAUCAGCUGAAAUGAAACAUUCACAUGCUGAAUAUUCUUAAAUAUGUUUGUUUUAACUAAUUAUCAGACAGGGCGUCAAUAGAGGCUCACAAAAUACUUUUUGCCUCGGGGUCCACUGCAGGGUCAAACCAGACGUGCGUUUUCAUGUUAUGUAGCUAUGAGCUAUAGGGUAUAUAUUUUAUGCACAUCAAGCCAGUGGGUUUUUGAUGGACAUAUGAUAAUUGUAAAAUAUGCAAUAGCUGUUUGAAUUGAUGAUGCAACAAUGAAUUGUUUUUCAUGUGAAUGCAGCAAUAAGCCUACUUGUUCCUAAUGUGUACAGAAAGAAAAACAUGAAUGUUUCACAAACCAAGUUUAAAAUGUUUAACCAACAUGGAUGAGUGUGGCAAUACAGUUUAAGAAUAAACUGAGGUGGAAGUUCUCA